AUGCGUUUUCCACCAUUUGAUAAUGAAGAAUCAAUAUUAGAAUAUUUUGACAAUAUUCUUGAUAUUAAACCAUUAGAAGCAAUACAAUUACGAUUAGAUCCAGAAGAAGAUCAACAUAUUUAUGAAUGAAUGAUAAAUGGUGUAACAUAUCGUCGAUGGCAAUUAACAUUACCAACUCUUUCAACACUUUAUCGUAUGGGUAAUCAAUUAUUAACUGAUCUUAUUGAUGAUAAUUAUUUUUAUUUAUUUGAUUUAAAGUCAUUUUUUACGGCUAAAGCACUUGAUGUUGCUCUACUUGGUGGUCCUGAAUUUGAACCACUUGUUAAAGAAAUUAAUCCAAAUUUAUAUGCAUAUAAAGUAUAUCUUUCAUGGUAUCAUAGACCAAAUGUUAUAUUUGUAAUAAGUGAAGAGCCUGAUUUACCAGCAUUUUAUUUUGAUCUAUUAAUAAAUCUAACAUUACAUUGUCAUACAAUAAAAUCAAUUGAUAUACAAAUAGAUGAUAAUAAUCAAUUUAUUUUAUCUAAAGAAUUUCAACCAUUAUUAAUUAAUUUACCAUUAUAUACAGAUUAUACAGCAAAUGGUAUAGAAUUAUUAUGGCCAUCACGUCCAAUUAAUCUUCGUUCUGGUCGAAUAUGA